AACUAGGGUUUUGGCCCCUUGACCCCAACCAAGCCCCGCCCCUUCCUGGUUGUCUUAGCGACGGCGGUGGCGUCCCAAGAUGGCGUCGUGGCUGCCGGAGACUCUCUUUGAAACUGUAGGACAAGGCCCGCCGCCUAGCAAAGACUAUUACCAGUUACUGGUCACCCGGUCUCAGGUAAUCUUUAGAUGGUGGAAGAUCUCUCUAAGGAGUGAGUAUCGAUCAACAAAACCUGGAGAAGCAAAAGAAACCCAUGAAGACUUCCUAGAGAAUUCACAUCUUCAAGGUCAAACUGCCUUAAUAUUUGGCGCAAGAAUAUUAGACUAUGUCAUCAAUUUGUGCAAAGGUAAAUUUGACUUCCUUGAACGGCUCUCAGACGAUUUGCUCCUGAAUAUCAUUUCUUAUCUGGAUCUUGAAGAUAUUGCCAGGCUUUGUCAAACAUCACACAGAUUUGCAAAGGAUCUCACUCUGUCACCUAGGCUGGAGUGCAGUGGCGCAAUCUUGGUGCACUACAACUUCUACCACCCAGGCUCAAGCAAUCCUCCCACCUCACCCUCCCAAGUAGCUGGGACCACAGAUAAGGAAACUGAGACCAAAAGGGAGUACAGGAAGGGAGUCUUCAGAACUCCUGGGCUUCAGGCAGAAAACUAAUAGCCUGUUUUCAUGAGGAUACGCAGAUUGAAACCAAGCUGAAAAGAACUAGUUGUCAUCACUUCAUACAGACUCCCAUCCCGGCUGGUGUGCACAGUCUCUGACCAGACCUAUCAGGCUAUGGAGAUUCGGGAAUCCAUUUCCAUUGUGUAAAAUGUGACAACACUCACAGCAGCACAGUAUUUUAUGAGACGCAUUCUGAUUGUUUCCUUUACGCUGACUUUCUAGUUUUGUUUUGUUUUCUUGUUUUUGUUUGGAUACAGGGUCUCACUGUGUCAUCCAAGCUACAGUUCAGUGGUGUGAUCACGGCUCACUGCAGCCUUCACCUCCCUGGGAUCAAGUGAUCCUCCCAUCUCAGCUUCCUGAGUAGCUGAGCCUACAGGCUUGUGCUAUCAUGUCCUGCUAAUUUUGUAUUUUUUAUAGAGAUAGGGUUUCGCCGUGUUGUUCAGGCUGGUCUAGAAUUUCUAGGCUCAAGGGAUCUGUCUGCCUUGGCCUCCCAAAGUGCUGGGAUGACAGGCUUGAGCCAUGGCACCUGGCUGACUUUCUAGUUCUUAAUUGUCAACCUUCUUUAUUCUCCUCCUGAUUUUGUAGUAAUUUCUGAUGUCACUGAAGCUGAAAGCUUGUCUUGUGAUCAAUGAUUCCUUGUUUAAAUAGGAAUCCAGAUUUAUAUGAACUAGUACUCAAUAUUCAGUAAGAUGGCGUAUUUUAAUUAUCUUAUUUUUGAUCAUUACAAAGUUAUGAAACCUUAUAUGCAGAUGAACUAUGUUAAAAACUUGUUUAAAGAGCUUCCCUUUUGGCUUAAACUGAAAUAAAGUUUCCUUUAAAGUUCUAACUAU